GCGUGUCCAACCGGGAAAGGUAACCAGAGUCAGAACAAAACCGAACGUCCAGUAGUAAACACCGUAGGUCUGAAGAUGCUGAAGUUGUUCGUGAUCGCAAUGGUGGCGCUCAGCGCUGUGGUAAGCGCAGAGUUCGUGGUGCAGACGCGCGACGACCUGCUGAAGUACCGUGCGGAGUGCGUCCAGUCACUGGGCGUGUCGGACGACCUGGUGGAGAAGUACAAGUCGUGGAACUUCCCGGAGGACGACACCACGCAGUGCUAUAUUAAGUGCAUCUUCAACAAGAUGCAGUUGUUCGAUGACACCACCGGUCCGCUCGUCGACAACCUGGUAGUGCAGUUGGCGCACGGUCGGGACGCUGAUGAAGUCCGUACGGAGAUCGUCAAGUGCGCUGGUACCAACACCGAUGGUAACGUGUGCCACUGGGCGUUCCGUGGAUUCCAGUGCUUCCAGCAGAACAACCUGUCGCUGAUCAAGGCUAGCGUGAAGAAGGACUAAGCGUCAAAUGGUAGUGCGGAAUCACCGCAACCGUACACCCACGCAAACACGCGCACCACCAGGGGGCGCUGCUUCGGACUCGAAUAAAGUAAACCUUUCCCAAAAACGCAAACAACCGCUGUUCUGCUAUCA